UAAGGUAAAAGAAGCGCAAGGCGGCCAGGAACUGGUUGUUGACAAGAGCGAGGAUCCUGCCGCCGCCACCACCAGUCCCCCGACCAGUCCUCACCAGCUGGUAGUAACGGCAGUAUACACUCCACCUCUCAACUCAGAAUAAAAGCUUCCCAGAAUCAGUACAGGAUGGCACCACAUGGUGGAAGAGUUCUAGGUCCUCCUCGUUUGACCUCAUUCCUGCGCUUACAUGCAAACAUAAGUCGACAUAUUGGAGAGGAACAGUAUGAUUUAGCACAAGUCUUGGCAAUUAAGCGGGAAGAACGACGCCAACGAAUGAAAGAGCAUGGAGUAACGUGGUCACGUAUCAAGUGCGAAGUGGAGCGUUUGGGUAGAAACAGUGACAUAAACCUUGAUUGCUACCUGAGGGAAGUAUGGGAAGUGGCUCGACAGGUUGCUCCAGAGCUUGAUACAAGGGACGAAGCUGCAACACUGCUCUUUGUUCUCUCGCACGACCACAAUGUCCUCACUAUCAAGCAGCGCCUGAAGCUACGUCAAAUGUUUGGAGACGUUAAACCACUUCUGCUUGACAGGGCUCACAAGGCUGUCCGCCACAUAGCAGAAUUAGUCGGUGAAGAAGAAUUGAUAGAGAUGAUGACUAAACUCCAAGUUCCACAAGACAUGUCAUCUAUAUUUGGAGCUAACAUUAAGGUUGGUCCCCUUGGCCAGCCCCCAGAACUGCCUCCGAUGGAUAAACUCCUGGACUUGAGCAAGGUGAAGGUGGUCUCGAAAGCAACUCUGAACUAUGAUGACUAUAAGCCUGUGCAAGCCAUAGUUAAGAAAAAGGUAUCUAAGGAGACGUAUGAUAAAUCGUGGAUUGAGAUGGAGAUGUUAAAAUAUUAUACAGACACUAGCAUGGUGGCAGAGCUCAGCAAAGGCACCAUGACUCUCCUGGUCAGCAGCAAGGGUGAUGAUGAACUCCAAAAUGAGAUGUUUGACCUUUUAGGAUUUGAGAGGUUCGAACUUAUCCAGACAUUGCUGGAACACAGGUCACAGAUCAAGAAUCCUCCUCCUGACAAAGAUAUGAAAAUUGCACAACUGUUAAGUGAUCUUGAAAAUCGAGGACUGUCAGAUCGUCCAGUGUACAGUAAUCAAGUGACUGUCAUGAAUGAAACAGAAAAGCAAUAUCUUAAGCAAGCUCGUAAAGAGGAGAAGAAGUUACUCAGGACAGCAAAACAAUUAGCGGGAGAUGACACUGUUGAGGACUUCAGUCCAGAAACUUUGAAAGCUAAAAGGGAAACAGCCUUGCGUGAAGCAUCUCAGGCUUACCUCUUCAAACGGUGUGAUCGUGAUAAUGCCCCAGAAGUGAGAUAUCCGUACGUGUUUGACAAUUAUGGCAAGGCUAAGCAGGCUGCAGGUUACAUCGCAGGAAUGAAAAUGGCAUUACCAGAGGGUUUCACACGAACUGUUGACAACAUUAAAGAGGAGGUCGAGAUACCUGUAUCUGAUCCUGCACCUCCAGAAGUUGGAGGAAAACUCUUCCCUGUUAGUGAUCUAGAUAAGAUUGGUCAAAUGGCAUUUAAAGGAUGCAAGACUCUGAAUCGUAUCCAGACUGUAGUAUAUCCAGUUGCCUACCACAGCAACGACAACCUUCUCAUCUGUGCCCCAACAGGUGCUGGCAAAACCAACAUAGCCAUGCUCACUGUGGUGCAUCAGAUCAAACAGCACCUUGAAAAUGAUGUCAUUCAGAAAGAUAAAUUUAAGGUUGUAUAUAUUGCUCCUAUGAAAGCAUUAGCAGCCGAGAUGGCCCGUAACUUUGGCAAGCGACUAGAGCCCCUUGGAUUAACAGUGCGGGAGUUAACAGGAGAUAUGCACCUCACCAAGCCAGAAAUUAUGGCUACUAACAUGAUCAUCACCACACCUGAGAAGUGGGAUGUCACAACACGUAAACCAGGUGACACCCAACUCUCGCAGUUAGUUAAGCUGCUGAUCAUUGAUGAGGUCCACUUGCUGCAUGGUGACCGAGGUCCUGUUUUGGAAAGUCUUGUGGCUCGCACCUUGCGCAUGGUGGAGUCUCAGCAGUCCAUGAUUAGAAUAGUGGGUCUCUCUGCUACUCUGCCAAACUACAUAGAUGUGGCUUCUUUUCUUAGAGUAAAUCCAUUCAAAGGUCUCUUCUACUUUGAUGGACGGUUCCGACCAGUGCCACUAGGCUUGACUUUUGUUGGAGUAAAAGCCAUAGGGAGGUUCAAGCAAAUGGAGGAUAUGGAUAAAGUCACUUUUGAUAAAUGUCUACACUUUUUGGAACGUGGUCACCAGGUAAUGGUCUUUGUUCAUGCCCGUAAUGGUACUUUACGUACUGCUGAAAAUUUGAUUAAGUUGGCUCAGGAGAUGGGCAAGACCCAAGACUUCCUUCCAGAUGAUGGACCAGAUGUUACCCGAGCUCGCAAAGACAUAGGCCGAUCAAGAAACAAAAAGCUGGCAGAGUUAUUUGAAUCUGGAUUUGGAGUUCAUCAUGCUGGUCUCUUAAGAGCUGACAGGACGCUAAUUGAAACCUUGUUUAGUCGUGGUAUUAUCAAGGUUUUGGUAUGUACAGCUACUCUGGCCUGGGGUGUGAACCUCCCUGCUCAUGCUGUAAUUAUAAAGGGAACAGACAUCUAUGACAGUAAACAUGGUACAAUGGUUGAUUUGGGUAUUCUGGAUGUAUUGCAAAUUUUUGGUCGUGCUGGCCGUCCUCAGUUUGACACAAGUGGGCAUGGUACAAUCAUCACCACACAUGAUAAACUGACUCACUACUUGUCUCUUCUCACCAAUCAGUAUCCAAUUGAGAGUUCUUUCAUCAAUCAUUUGGUGGAUAAUUUAAAUGCUGAGGUUUCACUGGGUACUGUUACUAACAUUGAUGAAGCUAUUGAAUGGAUGAGCUACACUUACCUCUUCGUUCGUAUGCGCAAAAAUCCACAGGUGUAUGGUCUGCUGUACAAGGAAGCUCAGCAGGAUCCUACUCUUGAGAACUUCCGCCGAGAACUCCUCGUAAAAGCGUCUUCAGCUCUGGAUAAGGCUCGUAUGGUGCGGUAUGAUGAAGGGACGGGGUAUCUCCACAUAACAGAUAUGGGACGAGUAGCCAGUCAGUUCUACAUUAAGUAUGACACCAUUGAAAUUUUCAAUGAGUUCCUCAAGGCUGUCAUGAAUGAAGCUGAUAUUUUAUCUGUUAUUGCUCAGAGCUCUGAGUUUUCCCAGUUAAAGGUUCGUGAUGAAGAGAUGAACGAGUUGGACGACCUUCACCAUCAGUGUGAGGUGGCAGCUAUGGGGGGUGCAGAAAAUGUGCAUGGUAAAGUCAACAUCCUCCUGCAGUCACAUAUCUCACGCAUCAGAGUUGACAGCUUCUCUCUUGUCUCGGAUGUCAACUACAUCACUGAGAAUUCGGUGCGUAUUACUCGUGCUCUAUUUGAAAUUGUCCUUCAUAAAAGUUGGCCAUUGAUGGCUGGUAGGCUGCUUACCAUGGCCAAGAUGUUAGAGCAUCAGAUGUGGCACUUUGAGAGUCCAAUGAAGCAGUUUGCUCGCUUGACCCAUGAGAUCAUUGGAAAAAUUGAAGAAAAGCGCCUCACAAUUGAAAAAAUCAGAGAUAUGGACCACAGAGAAAUAGGCAAGUUACUCCGCCAUGAGAAGAUGGGUAAAGAGGUAAAGGCAGCAGCUUGGCAAUUUCCCCUGCUCCUCCUUGAAUCAGUCAUCCAGCCAAUCACCAGAACUGUACUCAGAGUCAAGCUCAGCAUCACUCCAGAAUUCACGUGGAAUGACAGAGUUCAUGGGAGUCAGGAGACCUACUGGAUAUGGGUGGAGGAUCCUGACACUAACCACAUGUACCACCAUGAGCAGUUCACUCUCACCAAAAAACAAGUUUUGCGACAAGAUACCCAGGAGCUUGUGUUUACCAUACCUAUCUUUGAGCCAAUGCCAAACCAGUAUUAUGUGAAAGCCAUUAGUGAUAAGUGGCUUGGCUGUGAAUCCAUGUGUGUAAUGAAUUUCAAGACCUUGAUCCUACCGGAACGACAUCCUCCCCAUACAGAUCUACUGGAUCUUGAUCCAUUACCAAUAACAGCAUUGAACAACAGUGAGUUAGAGAAGCUCUACAGUUUCACACACUUCAACCCCAUUCAAACUCAGCUCUUCCACUGCCUGUACCACACUGACAACAAUGUAUUGCUGGGAGCUCCCACUGGCUCGGGUAAAACAAUUGCUGCCGAGAUUGCCAUGUUUAGAGUCUUCCGUGAAACACCAGAAGCUAAGGUUGUAUAUAUUGCACCCCUGAAAGCUCUGGUACGGGAACGUGUUGAGGACUGGCGCGUGAGAUUACAGGAAAAAUUGAACAAGAGAGUAGUGGAGUUGACAGGUGAUGUUUCCCCAGAUAUAAGAGCAAUUCAGGCUGCUCAAGUUAUUAUUACCACACCCGAGAAGUGGGACGGCAUAUCACGGUCUUGGCAAACUAGAAGCUACGUGAAGCAAGUUUCAUUAAUCAUCAUUGAUGAGAUUCAUUUGCUUGGUGAGGAUCGUGGACCAGUUCUAGAAGUGAUUGUAUCAAGAACCAACUACAUUUCUAGUCACACCAAUAAAGGCUUGCGUAUUAUUGGGCUUUCCACAGCAUUAGCCAAUGCAAAGGACCUAGCAAACUGGCUGAAUAUUGGACAGGUCGGUUUGUAUAAUUUCCGUCCAUCUGUACGACCAGUGCCUUUAGAAGUGCAUAUCUCAGGGUUUCCUGGUAAACACUAUUGCCCACGUAUGGCUACCAUGAACAAACCUACAUUCCAGGCAAUCAAACAGCAUUCCCCAGACAAGCCAGUUCUGGUAUUCGUGUCAUCCCGUAGACAGACGAGGCUAACUGCAUUAGACCUUAUGGGUUUCGUGGUUGUCGAGUCUGAUCCUAAACAGUGGCUUAAAAUGCCCGAGCAUGAGUUUGGUGUUGGUCUUCACCACGCUGGACUAGUGGAGAAGGAUAGGAAGGUUGUAGAAGAACUGUUUGUCAAUCAGAAGAUACAGAUUCUCAUCACAACAGCCACCCUUGCAUGGGGAGUAAACUUCCCAGCACAUCUGGUGGUGGUUAAGGGAACAGAGUACUAUGAUGGCAAGACUAAGAGAUAUGUAGAUUUUCCAAUUACUGACGUGCUGCAGAUGAUGGGACGAGCUGGGCGGCCCCAGUUUGAUGAUCAGGGGGUGGCAGUGGUUCUUGUCCAUGACCAAAAGAAGCAUUUCUACAAAAAGUUCCUAUAUGAGCCUUUUCCUGUUGAAUCCAGUCUAAUGGAUGUCCUGCCAGACCAUUUAAAUGCUGAGAUUGUUGCUGGAACCAUCAAUAGCAAACAAGAAGCAUUAGACUACCUCACUUGGACCUACUUCUUCAGGAGGCUGCUUCAGAAUCCUUCAUACUAUGAACUUGAACUCGAUGAGGAAGAAAAGCCAGAAAGUGCCGUCAACCCAUACUUGUCCCGUAUUAUUGACCGAGCGUUGGCUUCCCUUCAAAGUGCUUACUGUAUUGAAAUUGAUUCUGAUAAGCGUACUAUACAAACGACACCUUUGGGACGCAUAGCCUCAUUCUAUUACUUAUCACACCAGACCAUUCAGAUGUUCCAGGAAAAACUAAGCCCUUCCGUUACUAUGGAAGACCUCCUCGACCUUCUAACACAGGCACACGAAUAUGAUCAGUUGCCAGUUCGUCAUAAUGAAGACAACCUGAAUGGAGAGUUGGCCAAGUCGUGCCCCAUUGAGGUGAAUGCCUACACAUAUGACUCCUCACACACCAAAGCCCAUCUCUUGCUGCAGGCUCACAUGUCCCGCCUACAGUUACCGUGUGUGGACUACCUCACUGAUACAAAAUCUGUUCUUGACCAAGCAAUCAGAGUUUUACAGGCUAUGUUGGACUUGUGUGGAUGUGCAGGAUGGCUAGCAGCAUCCCUGCAGGUACAGGUGUUAAUGCAGAUGAUCACACAGGCUCGGUGGCACAUUGACAGCUCUCUCCUCAGUCUGCCACACAUCACCUCGGAUACACUCUACUGCUUCAAAACUGCAGAUAGGAACAUCCAGUGUCUUCCUGAACUGGUGCAGGUCAUUGGUGGGAAAUAUGAAAAGUUAGCAGGAAUGUUACGUCAGGAGUUGGACGAGGGUGAGAUCGAGACUGUGUUUAAAGUUGUGCAGCAGCUGCCGAUCUUGAAUGUUUUCUUAGCAGUGAGAGGAUGGUGGGCCCACAAUCAAAAUCAGACUGAAGUUAAAGUUAACAGUAGAACCACAGCAGAGAAACGGAAUGCUAGCGACUGGAUUGAAGUUCACGCAGAUCAAGAGUAUACUCUGACAGUCAAUCUUCACCGUGUCAACAGGAGCCGAGAUCUUCGUGUGCACGCACCCAAGUUCACAAAGCCCAAGGAUGAAGGCUGGUUUGUUGUUCUCGGCAAUGCAGACUCGGGAGAGCUUCUGGCGCUCAAGAGAGUUCCACCUGUUCGUGGACGAUCUACACACAUGCUCUCCUUCAGGACUCC